AAAAAAUUCGACAAUAUGGCGGUAUCGUAUUUACGUCAUGAUCCUAUGAUUGUACUCCAAUAUGCGUUAAAAAUAUCAUCAAAAUGUGUUUUAUUGGGGCCAACUGGAGGUAUAAAAAGUAAAGAAGAAGUUCAUCGGUUGGCUAGUUUGAUGACAAAAUUUUCCAAAAAACUUGUUUCAAAAUGCAUUUAUAUACAAAUAUUGAAAACUACAAAUACAGAUUUACUUAGUCAAUUUAUGGGUGCUGGAGGAUGGAAUCUCAUACAUAUGUGGCUUACAGAUGGUAUUCUUGCAAAAAAUUGGGCUUUAAUUCAAGAACUUCUAGAACUUUUAUUAUUAUGCCCAGUAGAUAUAGAAAGAUUAAAAAGCAACAAUUGUCCAAAAUUAAUAAAAGGUCUAUCAAAAGAAGGUAGUCAUCAAGGUGUUAGAGUGUUAGCUAGUCGAUUAGUUGAACAAUGGUUAAAAAUAGUGAAAGGGGAAGCUGCACCAAAUUCUGUACCAGCACAAAUCAUGACUAUUCCAGUACAAACUACAGGAAUUCUGGGACAAAGUUUGGUAUCUCAGUCAGCACAACAGCAACAGUAUUCAAUUCAUUGUGGUAUCCAACAAGUCCCAGAGGGUACAGAAAAUGCAACAGUUCAAGUGCAAGAUUUACAAUUUAUUUCAAAUUCCACAUCAACUAUUGCAGUAUCUCACAUUCAUCAUCAUCAGCAGCAACAGCAGCAGCAGCAGCAACAACAACAACAACAACAACCACCACCACAAGAACAACAACAGGUACAAGAGAGAACAACUGUGCAACCUUUACAAUUGCAAGUUGUUAGUAAACCACAACAGAUGCAGAUACAACAACAUUUAUCAUCACAAUCAAAAAAACCUGCCUUUGUUGUGGUAUCUACAUCUUCACAAUCUCCAGUUCCUGUGUAUAAAAUUACAAUUCGUGAAGGUAAACAAAUUCUUACAAAAGUGGAGACAGAUGCUUCUAAUAUUAAUAGUGUUUUAAAUACAAAUAGUACAAAUGUAGAUGUUAAUGGAGAUAUUGUGGAGAAUACUCUUCCUGUGAAACAAACUCCUGAGGAAGUAGCAUCUACAGAACUUAGUGAUGGUGUAGUUAGUGGUCAAGAUUGUGAAAAAAACAUUGCACAAUCUGAAAAAUUAGACCAAGUUUCAAGUGAAGUGAAACAAACUAUUGUAGAUUCCACAGAUAGUCCUGAUGUGGAACUUAUUAAAAAUAAAGAAAGCAAAGACAUUAAAGAUCUUAAAGACAAUACUAAUAGUGAAAGUAGUAAAUCUAGUAAUAAAGAAAAUCGAGACUCUUCUAAAAAAGAUGACAAAAAAUCUAGUUCAGAUAAGAAAGGUCAUCAUAGUUCAUCUUCAUCCUCCAAAAGUUCUUCUAAACAUACUUCAAGUUCCAGUUCACAUCGUUCUAGUUCCACAUCUUAUAAAUCUAGUAGUCAUCGCUCUAGUUCUAGUAGUAGUUCAAAAAGUUCUAAUUCCAAGGAUAAGUCUUCCAAGGACAAAGAAAAACAUCAUUCAUCUAAUUCAUCUAGUAAACAUAAUUCUAGUAAAAGUAAAUCUGAUAAAGAACGGGAAAAGGAAAAACAGAAGAAAGAUCAAGCAGAAAAAGAUAAAGCAACAUUAGAAAAGAUUCAAGGACAAGCAUUAAGUUCGAAAUUCGGAAAAAUACCCAAAAAGAAGUCGGAAGAGGAAAAAUUAGGCGAUGCAACUGUAAGAAAAUCAUCAACAGACUCUCGGGAUAGUUCUAAAGAAAAUAAGACUGAUUCAAAGAAAGUUGUUGCAGUACCAGAAAAGAAGAACAUUUCUAUUUCCAUUGAGAGUAGAAAAAAUUCUCAAGAUUCUACAAUGCGGCCAAAGACUGUGAAAACAUUUAACUCUAAAUUCAGAUCAACGGGUUUGGAGGAAGAAGUAAAACCUCCACCACCAAGAUCAGCAAAAAAAUUACAUCCCAUCAUUGAUAAAAAAGUCAUGCCACAAAAAUUACCUGCCUUGAAAAGACCAUCCCCACUUCGAGAAUCUAUUUCAUCAACAGAUAAACGAACUAAAUUAUCAUUGGAAUCACCAACUACACCUCCGAGUGAAGAAAAAAAGGGAGGCAUCAAAUUAAUACCACCAAAACCAAAACCAAUGGUUUUGCAAGAAAGUGAUAUGUUUAUGGAUGCUUUGACCGCAUCAACGAAAAGUAAAGAACCGAGAAAGAGAAAACGAAGAACAUCUAUCACGAAAGAUGGUCCCACGGAAGCUAAGAAACAAGAAACUGCCAAUAGUGAUAAUCGUGAUAUUACACCUCCACCUACUUCACCACCAAGUGCCGAUGAAAAAUCACCCGUUGUUGUCAAGCCUAAUUUUAAAUUUUAUCAAGAUACGUUAGAGACAGAUGAAGAUAAAGAACAAAAGGAAAAGGAAAAUUCAGAUGAAGAUGCGAAAAAAGAGAAAGAAGAAACGAUAGACGAUCAAAAAGAAAACAGAAUAUUCAAAACGGAUAUCGAUGAUGAUGCUAGAAGUAACACACCAACACCGGAAGAUGAUACGGAAGAAAAAACUAAUUCUCCGGAAGAUAUAUCUUCUAUGUCUGAAUCAACGAAGAAAGAAAAUAUUGGUUCUUAUCCAGAAAUACGAUACGUUGAUGGUUUAAGAAGUGUUUUAUUACUUCAAAAACGCAAAGGACCAAAGAAAAUAUUAAAAUGGAAAACAGAUCUUGAAUCAGUGCGUUAUUUCGAAUUAGAUGAAACGGAGAGAGUAAACGUUACGAAAACGUUUACUGAUAUGAAACAAAUGGAGAAACAAAAUGAGAGGGAAGCAUUCCAGAUGGCUAGAAAAUUAAGUAAUGAAGACUUAAUGGAAGAAAGAACAAGAUGGAAACCUUUAAUUUCAAUUGAUUUACCGCCACCUUUAGUAGAGCCUGGAAAAGAUAGUAGAGAAAAAGAUAUUCAAUAUGCUCGAGAAAAAGGAAUAUUACAGGCACUAUAUUUUAAUCGAAGCAUGAUUCCAGAUUCUGCUGCAGAGCCCGAUGAAGAACGACAUCAUGUAUAUAACGAACCUAAAAUCAUUCCUCUGGAUGAUCUCACAGGAAAUAAGGAAAGUGAGAAAGAUUUUACAUCUAUGCCAUGGCCAGAACCAAAACCUCAAUUGCAACCUCAAACACCGGCAGUUUCGAACUUUCAUUAUCCAUCAUUUUCUCAUAAUCAACAACCAGUAAUGACACCUAUGGGUCCUCAAACUUCAAUGGGCCCAAUACCUCAAAUGUCUCAACAAAUGAUGGGACCUUCUCAUAUGGGUCCAAUGGGUCCUGAAAUGGGUGGUCCAAUGUCUACUGGAGGAGGAGGAGCAGGAGGAGGAGGUGGAUGGAGAACUGGAGAUGGAAAAGUUGUUGUACCUGAUGGAAUGGGAAUGAAUCCAAUGGGAAAUAUACCAAAUGCAUUUCCACCAGGAAUGGAAGGUGGUCCAAUGGUACCACCUGGAAUGAUGGGACCGCCACCUAUGUAUAAUCAACAACAAGAAGGUUAUGGUAUAAUGGGUCCAGAAGAUAUAGGAUUCAAUAAUAUGAAUCCAAAUAAUUUUCAAGGACCUCCUGGUCCAUUAUAUGGUCCUGGACCUAACUUCCAAGGUCCUAGAGGUGCUGGUCCAAUGCAUGGUAGAGGUAGAGGUGUUCCUGGACCUGGUUGGUAUAGAGGUGGUGGAGGACCUCCUGGAAGAGGUGGAUGGAGAGGAGGUGGUGGUGGAUGGAGGGGAAAUGGAAAACAACCACCUGUGUGCCGACAAUUUUCAAAAAAUGGUUAUUGUCGAGUCGGUGACAAAUGUCAAUAUUUACAUCCUGGAGUGAAUUGUCCACCAUUUUGAAAUAAUUUAAAAUAAUGAAUAAUUUGAAAUUUUCAUAGUAAUGUAACAUAAACAUUCAUUCUAUUUGAUAUGAAUCAAUAGGAAUGAAUGGACUACUGAAAUCAUAUUAGACACAAGCUCACAUUAGCUAAAAAAUUUAAUAAUGUGCAAUCUUUUAUUAAAUAAUGCAAAGAAUUAAGCACAUGAUAUUUACACUUAUAUUUUCACGAGAUUUAAACUAUUUAAUUUAAUAUUCGAUAAUUUUCAAUUUAUUUGCAUCAUAUAAUACGAAAGAUAAAUAUUAUAAAAAGAAAGCAUAAUAAAUUUAUUUUUCGUGAAAUGUACUUGCAGAUUUUCAAGAUUGAAAACUGCUUUAAAUCUAAAAUGACAAUGAAAGAAAAACAAUAGGUUCAUCGGCUGCUGGACGGCAAGAGGUUCCUACAUAUUACUUUUUAUUAUAAUUUCGAAUAGAUAUUUUAGAAAAAAUUUGAAGGAAAAAAUACUUUUAUUUACUUCCAAAAUGUAUUAAAAAUUAUGGCACUUCACAUAAAAUGAUAUCUCGAUUAAUAUGUCUUCCCUUUACGUUCGCGGUUUACAAAUAGUAGCCACUGCCGAAAGUAUGGUUGAUGUAAUCAAAAAAAUAGAAUCGUUGCAAGUUUUAAUCUUAUUGGCAUGACGAAUAGAGUGAUUUCAAAUGAUAUGACACUAGUAAGCAGGAAGUGCAAAUUCCAAUUUAAUAAGCAUUUGUCUUUCCGAUUGCCAGUUGGGUGUUUUAUCGCUUUCUACAUACUAAUGAAUAUAUGUAAUUAAAAUGCUGUUAAAAUGAAUUAAGCGUAAUAUAACAAUGGAACAUCAUAACACCAAAAGUUCAAAUAAUGAUUUAAGUAACUUUUUAUUAAAUUAAAAUAUUUAAUCGUGUAUGUAGAUUGAUUGUAAAUAUUAUAAUUGUAUCAUUUGUAUAAAACGUCGCUAGCUCUAAUAACAAGAGACUGUUUUAGGCUUAAAUAAUAUGUAAUAAUAUAAAAGAAAGCAAGAAUUUUUAGUAAAAAUGUAUGAUUUGAACUAGUUAAAUGCAAAAAGAUCUAAUAUUUAUAGAGUAUAUUUUCACAUACAACACAUUUGAAUAUGUGCUCUAUGAAAUAGAUCACUGAUAUAUUAUUGUAUUAAAUAUUUUUUACGAAUUAAGGGUAGUGGUUAUCUUUUGUAUAUGAUUGAUCGUUAUGUUUGUAUAUAACAUUGAUUGUUGUAUAAGAGCUGCUUGAUGGAAUACAUGAAUCACACCUAUUUUCUAAAA